AGGAAAAACAGAGAAUCCCAGCUGCUCGGCAAAAGAGUGGUACUAACGGGCAAAGAGAGGAUGAAAAUACGAAUAUGAGUAAAAAGAAUGACGUUAACGCGAGCGAAACGUCUGUCUUUUAUGGGGGAAAUAUAGGGUUUUUUUUUUGUUAGGAUGAUGGAUUGUCCGGAAUUAAUGACCAUUUAGGGAUUUUUUUUAUUAUUUCUGCGGUGGAGACGGUGGGGAAUUAAAUAAGAGUGACGAUAACAACAAAUUCAAUUAUCAUAUGUUGGUGGUUCUAUUGUUAUGCCGCAUUUGUUAUUGUUUUCAGGCCUUUUUUUUCAACUGCAGAAAGUUGAAAAUUGAAUAAUUGGGGGAGGAGAGGGAUGCAGACGGUGUGGGUUUUUUUUUCCUUUUUCCGUAGGAGGAAAAAAAAAAGUCAGGUGAGAGAAUGGAAUUAGUGUGUAGGAUGAUACUUACAAAUUCUCUCAUCCUCCUUUUCCUCUCUCAUUCUACAUGCCACUCCCCAACAUCUUUCGGUCUUCUCCUAUUAAUAAAUAAACUCACCGGCGGCGCCUUUGAUUGUGACGCAAAGCCAUUACAUUUCCGCUUUUCCAAGUUUUGUACGGGAAAAAAGGAUGAAAAAAUAUACAGAAUGAACGGUUGAAGUUCAAGCCGGUGGAGGGAUAAUUGAAGAGAAGUGCUUCGAAUAUAUGUACGUAGAUACAUAUUUUUUUUCUCCUUUGAUGAUGAUGAGGAACCGAGUGAGGGCUUAUCUUGAUAUACAUCAGGAAAUUGCGGAUGUGUAUUUAUUCCAUGGGCUUUUACUUAUGUUUAAUUCAUGAAUGGAGAAUUAAAUUUAGUGGUGAAGUCAUUUUAUUCUGGAUAAUUUUUUUAUCUCUGAUUGCGAUCGAAUAAUUAGCGAAAAAAGUAGAAUUCUUUUUUGAAAUCGAACAUUUUGCGAUUUAUUUACUCUGUGGCGCUAUCUUCCGAAUGAAUCGCUUUGAUUUGCAGUCGGGAAUGAAGAGAUUUUAUUGUCGAUCGAGAGAGUGAAUUGUUGUGAUUAUCAAAAUGGUGGUGUUUGUAUCAAAAGGUUAUGUUCGUGAUGAUUGUGACGUGAUAGUGAUUGUAAUUGAGUGAAUAAUUAUCAAAAUGUCAUUAUACGAUGAUUUUGACAAACAUCGGGCUUCGGAUAAGGUGGCAGGAUGGUCCUCUGGCAUUAAAUUAUUGCAAUCGCAGUUGCAAUUGAAGAAAGCCGCUACUACACAGCCAAAACGAGAACAAUAUCGAAAAGCAACAGCAGUUCUUCCCCCAGUAAUUGACCUAAAAUCGAAAACAACUCUUACUCGAGAGCCCGACCGUGAGGAUGACACCUCGAACAGCAUUUUUCCCUCGUCAGUUCCCAACAACACAGCGACAUCCGGUGAAUUUGACUGGAACGUUGUCAACGAGUACGACCCCAUGUGGCCAAACGAGUACGACAAAGUGGUGAAGGAACUGCGAGACAUCCGAGACCGAGAGUAUGAUCAGGAGGCAGAGCAGAGGAAGAGGAGGAGAGAAGUAACGAGGUUCGAGGAGCCCCAGACAUCAUCGACCCCCAAUAACACGAUGGUAGUUCCCGAGAGAGACGAGGAAAGGUCCACAACGUCCAGAGGAGUGAUUGGAGGCGCCGCAAUAGCUCCUCCUCCAUCGCUUCAGGAGUCCUCAGAGCCUCCGGCCUCUUCUCCUGCUCCUGUGUCUUCUCCAGCUACUCCCAGAGGUGGAGGUCUAGGAUAUGCGACAUCUUCAGUGGCGGCCAAGAUAAUGGCAAAGUAUGGAUUCAAGGAGGGACAGGGACUGGGGAAGAAGGAGCAGGGGAUGAGUGUUGCGCUUCAGGUGGAAAAGACGAGUAAAAGGGGCGGAAGAAUCGUCGGGGAAAGGGAGCAGCUGAUGCCUCCUCCUCCUCCUCUGGCGCCCUCGCCACCCAGUGGCAGCCAGGGUGUCGGAAGUGAGGAACCAAGUAUCACUGAAAUUAUGAAGAGUCCAAGCAAGGUUGUGCUUCUCAGGAACAUGGUAGGACCUGGAGAAGUAGAUGAUGACCUCGAGCCAGAGGUGAAAGAUGAGUGCAACACAAAGUAUGGAGAUGUGGCACGAGUGGUAAUUCAAGAGGUGCCAGACGUUCAGGCAGAAGAGGCAGUUCGUAUAUUUGUGGAGUUCAAGAGGAUAGAAAGUGCUAUAAAAGCUGUUGUGGAUCUCAAUGGGCGAUUUUUUGGAGGGAGACAGGUCAGGGCUGGAUUUUACUCGAGCGAAAAACUGGAUAACUAUCAACUAUUGGACUGAAUCAACCGUGGAUCAUCAAUUCCAUUUAAUUAAUCAUUUAAUCAGCUUUUACAACAAUUGUAUUUACAGAAUACCUAGCAAGACAUUCUCUUUUAUGUAUUCAGUUCAUUCGUGAUAAAUUGUAAAUAUUUGA